CGUGGGCCGGGCGCGGGCGGGAGGCCUGCGCGCCCGGCAUCCAGUCACCGCGCUCGCCCGGGCCGCGCCAUGGCCUUGGGGGCCGAGGGCUCGGCGCUCGACUGCUUCGAGGUGAAGCUCAAAAGCGAAGACGACGAGGAGGACGACGAUGAGGCGGUGGUCGUGGCCGUGAUCCCCCGGCCCGAGCCGAGGCUCAGAGUCACCCAGCGGGAGAAGACCCCUCCGCCACGGCCCAGCCUGCUGGAGGCUGGCUGCGAGGAGCCGAGGCAGCAGGUGUCCUGGGAGCAGGAGUUCCUGGUGGGCAACAGCCCAGGAGGCAGCGGGCGGGCGCUGUGCAUGGUGUGUGGCGCCGAGAUCCGGGCUCCCUCUGCUGACACGGCCCGGGCACACAUUCUGGAGCAGCACCCUCACACCCUGGACUUGAGCCCUUCUGAAAAGGGCAACAUCCUGGAGGCCUGGGGCGAGGGAGUGGCCCUGCUGCAGGAUGUUGGCGCGGAGCAGCCCUCUCUGCCCACUUCCCACUCAGGGCGGGACGCGCCGCCGGACCAGGCCUCCUUCCCGGACCCUGCUGAGACACCAGCAGAGAUCGUGGUCCUGCUUGAUCCCGAGGACAACACGAUACUCCCUCGGAGGGUCCGGCCCAGGGGACUGCGCCCCCUCGAGCUUCCUGCAGCCCCCAUCGCUGAGCCAGCGAGCAAGAAGCCCAGGGGACUGAGGUGGAAGGAGCCAGCCGGGGAGGAGCCGGUCCGGAAGAAGAGAGGCAGAGCCGUGACCAAAAGCCCAGACCCAGACCCCCCAUCGCCCGAAUCACCCACUGAGACGUUCGCAGCACCGGCCGAGGUCCGACACUUCACCGACGGCAGCUUUCCCCCCGGCUUCGUCCUUCAGCUGUUCUCCCACACGCAGCUCAGAGCUGCCGACGCCAAGGACUCGCCUCAGCAGUGCCGGACGGCGGGGGCUGGCCUUGCCCAGCCGGAGGAUCUCUCUCCAGCUCCCCCACCGGGGCUCCGCGGGACACUGGAUCUCCAGGUUAUCCGCGUGCGGAUGGAGGAACCUCCGGCCGUCAGCCUCCUGCAAGACUGGUCCAAGCGCCCCCAGGGCUCUAAGGCUGUGGGAGCAGGUGACACUGCAGACUGGCCCACAGUUCUAUCAGGACCCAGCGCUGCUGGGCCAGGGCAGCCAGAGGCGGGGGGUGGGGUGUAAAUUCUUGCUUUCCUGGGGCGGGUGGGAGGGCAGACACGGUGUCCCGCCUUUGGCUUAUAACUUGGAGCAGUCCAGCUUGAUCGUCUGUUGGGCAGUAUCUGCUGGAACCUUGGGGCGCUGGAAAAUGUCAACCCCGGGUGUCGGAGGCUGUUGUACAGUAGGGCACUGGGCCUGUGGAGAACACUCACCCCAUCCUUUGCUGACCCGCACCUCCGUCCCCACCUCCUCCCGCCCUCUGGCUCCCCACCCUUCUCCCCCGGCACAGUGCCUUACACAGAGGAGGUGGUCAGAACGGGGUUGAGCCGAGUCCCACUACCUCGGGGGGCACCUCUCCUCCCCCACUCGUUCAGGCUCCUGAGCCAGGAGACCCUCAUUACCUCUUCCCACUUCAUCCCUGCACGGGCCCGGCACCGCCUGGGGCUCUGGUCACUCCCCUUACCUUGUUCACCUGUUCUGUUGUAUAUAUAUCGCCUUUGUUGACAAUAAAUUAUUUUUUUUUAUUAA